AUGUUUCUUGCAAAAAUAUUAUCUUCGCCAACCCUACUAAGACGUUUAAAACUUCUAAAUUCUUCGAAUCAUGGCCAUUUUGCGUCUACUUACAUUAGUAGAUUUGACACUAUCAACUUGGAUUACGACAAAUACUGCUCCAAGCUUAAACAUGUUAACAAAACGCUCUCAAGACCGUUGACACUCUCAGAAAAGAUCCUCUAUAGCCAUCUAUCUGAUCCUGAAACAAAGGACAUUGUUCGCGGGACAAGUUAUCUUAACCUCUCACCAGAUCGAGUUGCUAUGCAAGAUGCAACAGCCCAAAUGGCUAUUCUUCAAUUCAUGUCCAGUGGUCUUCCUAGAGUUGCUGUUCCAUCUACUGUUCAUUGUGACCAUCUCAUCGUGGCUCGUGAUGGCGGUGCAGAGGAUUUAGCCAAUGCUGAAUCAACUAACAAAGAAGUCUAUGAUUUUCUCUCCUCAGCCUCGGCUAAAUUUGGAAUUGGAUUCUGGCACCCUGGCUCUGGAAUUAUUCAUCAGAUUGUUUUGGAAAACUAUUGUUUUCCAGGGGCAUUGAUUAUUGGAACAGAUAGUCAUACUCCAAACGGAGGAGGUUUAGGUGGCCUUUGUGUGGGUGUUGGAGGUGCAGAUGCUGUAGAUGUGAUGGCUGGGCUCGACUGGGAGCUCAAAUGUCCGAAAGUAAUUGGAGUUGAAUUGACGGGUAGCUUGUCAGGUUGGACUUCUCCAAAGGACGUUAUAUUAAAAGUUGCGGAUAUACUAACAGUGAAAGGAGGCACAGGAUGCAUUAUUGAGUACUUUGGACCCGGGGUUGAAUCAAUAUCCUGCACCGGAAUGGCCACUAUUUGCAAUAUGGGAGCGGAGAUUGGUGCUACCACUUCUGUGUUCCCCUUCAAUGAUCGUAUGGUCGACUUCUUGGAAGCCACUGGAAGGAAGAAUAUCGCUGAUUUGGCUAAAAAUUACAAGGCAAGUUCCUCUUGUUAUCUUGAUUUCAUUCUCGGCUUCUAUUUGAUCAUUUUUAUUUAUCUUGCCUUAAUUAAAUCUGAAAUAACGUCUUUACUUUCACCAGACAAGGGCUGUACCUACGACCGAGUUAUUAAUAUUAACUUAUCCGAGCUCGAGCCUCACUUGAAUGGACCGUACACUCCUGAUUUGGCGCAUCCAAUCUCUAGACUAGCAUCUGACGCUCAAGCAGCUGGUUGGCCAAUGGAAAUUUCCGUUGGAUUGAUAGGCUCCUGCACCAACUCAUCUUACGAAGAUAUGGCACGGGCGGCAAGUAUUGCAAAACAAGCCAUCGAUCAUGGAUUAACUAAGCCUCCAUCGAAGCUCACAGUCACUCCGGGAAGCGAACAAAUUCACGCCACUAUCGAGAAGACGGGACUAGCCGACAUUUUCCGCAAAAUUGGCGGUGUCGUAUUGGCUAAUGCCUGUGGGCCUUGCAUUGGCCAAUGGGAUCGAAAACAAGAAUUAGGGUAUUUGCUUGACCAUGCCUUUAAUCGAUGGCGAUUGGCUCGUGGUCUUUUGGUUUCCCUGACAAAUAUGUUGAAUGUUGUGUCACUAGAUAAGAAGAAGGGUGAGCCGAACACCAUUGUCACCUCAUUUAAUCGCAACUUCACCAGCCGAAAUGAUGCAAAUCCCGCCACUCAUGGUUUCGUCGCCUCCCCAGAAAUGGUGGUUGCUAUGGUCCUAGGUGGAAGUCUUGGCUUUAAUCCACUCACUGAUGAAUUAACUGCUUCAGAUGGAUCGAAAUUCAAACUGAAACCUCCAGAAGGUGAUACCCUUCCAAAAGGUGGAUUCCAACGUGUGGAACCUCACUUCCAAUCUCCUCCCUCUGACUCUUCCAACUUGGAAGUUGUGGUCUCUCCAACUAGCAAUCGACUGCAAGUUCUCGUUCCCUUUCCCAAAUGGGAUGGGAAGGACCUUAUUGAAUUACCAAUUCUGAUUAAAGUCAAGGGCAAGUGUACUACUGAUCAUAUUUCAGCAGCAGGUCCAUGGCUCAAAUAUCGUGGACAUUUGGACAACAUUUCGAAUAAUAUGUUUAUUGGAGCUGUGAAUAGUGAGAAUGGCGAGAUGAACAAGGUGUGUCAUCGACCAACGGGCGUAUGGGACACGGUUCCCGCCGUGGCUCGCAAAUACAAAGCCGAAGGAAUCCCCUGGGUUGUUAUAGGCGACAUCAACUAUGGAGAGGGUAGCAGUCGGGAGCAUGCCGCUCUUGAACCCCGUCAUCUUGGAGGAAGAGCGAUAAUCGUCAAGAGUUUCGCAAGAAUUCAUGGCGAGUUUAUUGUGAUAAUUUUUAAAUGCUCUUCCCCCAACUAUGACUAUGUUGCCAUUUUGCAUAAGACUAAUUUGAAGAAACAAGGUAUGCUUCCACUGACUUUCGUGCAUCCGGAAGAUUACGAUAAGGUUCAACCAACGGACAAGGUCUCUUUGCUUGACCUGAAAAAUCUUGCUCCUGGGAGAAAUGUUCGAUGUCGUCUAACUCAUGCCGACGGUUCGACGGAAGAAAUCGAAUUGGCUCAUACCUUCAACGCCAAACAGUUGGAUUGGUUCCGUGCAGGAAGCGCUCUCAACCACAUGAAGGAAAGCUCAUCCAAAAAUUGA